AGGAAGGAAGUCAAUUGAAAAUUGAAAUAUAGAAAAGAAACGUAUUGGUCUUCGGUCCUUCCAUUUUUAUAAACUUCCAGGCAGACCCCUGUCUGAACCAGAAUCCACCACUAGAUCUCUCUCUCUCUCUCUCUCUCUCUCUCUCUCUCUCAUAAAAUCCACCGGAUAUGGCGGACGUGGAAGAGAAGUCAGUCCGAGACGAGCUCUCACUCCCCAUCCUCCUAGCCGACCGCCUCAUCAAAUCCGCCCAAGUAGCGGAGUCCUCCAAAUCCGACUGCGCCGAAUUGGCCAAACAAGCCGACCGCCUUUCUCAGAAACUCCGCUCCGCCGUCCGCCUCUCCGUCUCCUCCACCCCCCACUCCCUCUACGACCGCCCCCUUCGCCGCAUCUCCGCCGACGUCUACAAAAACCUCGAGCGCGCCCUAACCCUAGUCCGCAAGUGCAAGCACAGCGGCGUCCUCCGUCAGGUCUUCGCGAUCGCCGCCACGGCCGACUUCCGCAAAGUCUCCGGCCUUCUAGAAUCCUCCAUCGCCGACGUCACCUGGCUGCUCUCAAUCUUCGAAAACUCCGAUAGCGGCGGCGGCGCCAUUCUCUCUCUUCCCCCUAUCGCCAGUAACGACCCCAUCCUCGCCAUGCUCUGGUCCUCCAUCGCUUCGGUCCAGAUGGGACAGCUGCGCGACCGAAUCGACGCGGCAAACAACCUCGCCUCCCUCGCACGGGACAAUGAUAGGAACAAGAAGAUGAUAGUGGAGGAAGGGGGAGUUGUGCCCUUACUUAAGUUGUUGAAAGAAGGGGCUUCGGCCGAAGCUCAAAUUGCUGCUGCCUCCGCACUUUCGAACUUGGGGAGUGAUCAGGAGAGGGUCCGGUUCAUAGCCGGCGAGCUUGCCGUGCCGAUGAUUGUCAAGGUUCUUGCCGACUCGCCCAUUAAGGUUCAGGUAGCGGUUGCGAAUUUGGUGGCAAAGAUGGCGGAGAUGGACCCGAUGGUGCAGGAGGAGUUUGGGAGAGAGAAUGUUACUAGGCCUUUGGUGACAUUGUUGUCAAUAGAUACAGUGUUGGAUGAUCCUAUUCCUAAGCUUCAGCCAGGUAAGCCUAGUCUACACUCACUCGUUCAGAUAAACAAGGAAUUGGCUAGAGACUCGUUUAAUCACAUCCCCCAUUCAAGUUCUUCCUCCUCUUUGCAUAAGAAGGAGAGGGGGGUUGAGUCGCCCGAGUUGAAACUCGAGCUCAAGAUUAGUUGUGCAAAGGCUUUGUGGAAACUCUCUCGGGGGAGUUUGUUGAAUAGCAGAAAGAUAACUGAAACGAAAGGGUUGCUUGUUUUGGCCAAACUCAUUGAGAAGGAAAGUGGGAAAUUGCAGAGUAACUGUUUGAUGGCUGUAAUGGAAUUGGCUGCUGUAGCAGAGUCUAAUACUGACCUUAGGCGAGUGGCUUUCAAGCCCAAUUCUCCAGCUGCAAAAGCGGUGUUGGAACAGAUUCUAAGAGUGGUAAACGAAGAAAGCAGUCUGACAUUGCUAAUUUCUGCUAUAAGAUCUAUUGGGUCUUUGGCGCGAACUUUUCCUGCAAAAGAAAGUCGGAUAAUUGGCCCUUUGGUCGCACAACUAGGCCAUAGAAAUAUAGAUGUGGCAUCUGAAGCUGCUGUUGCCCUUGGUAAAUUUGCGUGUCCGGACAAUUUUAAUUGCUUGGAGCACUCUAAGGCGAUUAUCGACGCUGAUGGUGUCUCACAGCUAAUGAAUUUGAUCAGGAUCGGUGGUCGCGAUCAAGUGAAUGAACUUGUGUUGCUUUGCUUCCUCGCCUUGAAUGUUGGUAACAGCAAGGCUCUUGAACAAGCUAGAGCACUGAGUGUCAUUGAGGGCGCAGCUCGUACUGUGGUGGCUCAACAUCCUGAUAGGAGAGAAUUGUUUGCCAAGGCUAUACAUCACCUUACUCUCUAUCAGGCUGGGGUUCACACCCAUAGGCAGGCUUUUGCACCAUAAAUGCCACGGUAGGAGAAGGCUAAACAGUAAAGUCAGAUGGAUUUGUCUUGGCAUUCUAAUGUACAUGGUAGAGAUUGAUGUGUUGUAUGCACAAGGAAACUGAGGUCACAUGGCACAAAAGAUGGUCUGUUCAUUUAACCAAUUCAUCAUUCAAGUUAAUGAGUUAAUGGUUGGAAAAUGUGCUGAACUGUUAUCAGUGAUGUUAUGAAAUACCAACCUCUUGUUUCUAUCUAAGUUUUCCCCUUGCUUUGUGUCUUUGUCCUCUCGCUCCAGAUUUUUGUAUGUAGCUGUAUUGAAGGUCCCUUAUGUAUGAGUUUAUGUCAUUAAUAUCUAUUACCCUCGAGGAAAGAAAAAUGUCAUAUAAGUGAUGCUGGAUAAAGGACAUUUUGGUUGGAAUUGGAAUUAGUAAUAUGAAUUUAUAUUUUACC